GGGACACCACUGCAUCAUCACUGCGAGUAUUCGCUUCUUCUUGCCCUCCAUCGAUACCCUUGUCUGUCUGCUGUGCAAGUGUAGCAGACCUGGCGAUGCCGGUCUCAACCUUCUCAGCUGCAAUUCACAUCACUCCUAUCUUCGUAAAGACAUUCUUUGAGAACUACAAGAAAAAAGCCGGAAAACUUGUCGGUUGGAAGUUCGAGGAUUUAGCUACGGAUGACAUCUUCUACGAUGAGGCAUUCAAUAUCGUGAAGUCUUUUCUCGAACUAGCCACACAAAACACAAUCGAAUCGCUGCAGGCUUUUACCAAUACUCACGUUCCAGCGCCCUAUUGGGCUGCAGUGGCUCCUGUCAGAAUCCCUCUAGCAUCCUGUAAUCAAGCCGCAGACAUUUUGGUCGACUGGUUCGGCCCUUCUGAAUUGAGAUCCGUGGUCGGAGGUGAACGAUGGUGGCAGGUGCGCGGAUUGGAUGGAAUUGAAGGAGAAUGGAUCACGCAAAAAGCAUUCCUACCUCCCGCUGAAUCUAACGCGCAUAAAAGUAUUGAUGAGGCGAAGCAGACUAUACGACGAAUGGAUCAGAUACGGCCCGUCUUGCUCUACGUGCACGGAGGAGGGUACUUCUUUGGGUCUAUCAAUACGCAUCGCUACCAAAUUAUCCGCUACGCUCGUAAGAUGAAAGGCCGUGCCUUUGCUAUGAAUUAUCGGAAAGCGCCGCAAUAUCCUUGGCCAUGUGCUGUUCAAGACGUACUCGCUGCAUACCUUUACCUCAUUCAACCACCUACGGGCGCAGUGCACACGGCAAUUCCUCCUGAUAAGAUAGUGUUUGCUGGUGACUCCGCAGGAGGCGGUUUGUGUCUCACGGCGUUGACUAUUCUACGUGACAUGGGCAUGCCAAUGCCGGCUGGUGGCGUGCUCAUUAGUCCUUGGGUCGAUAUGACGCAUACAUUUCCUUCUGUCAUGGAGAACGUCGAAACGGACAUCAUUCCCCCUCACGGUUUCAUGGCUAAACCUUCCACCUUGUGGCCUGUGGACUCGGAUCCCCCUGGUGGACGCAUCGUUCCGACGGUCACUGAUCCCCCGCCUAAUCCCGGACAUGCUGAUACACUUAAACCAAGCGAUCGUCGGGUUGCACAGCGCGUGUCCGAGAUAUUCUCUUGCACAACGAAGACGGCUAAGGAAUCUCAAACGCUGGAAUCAGCGCGAUCCGCAGAUGCUGAGGCAGGGCUCUUAUCAACCGUCCAAUUAGGAGAGGCUACAGAGGAGUUUGUGCACAAGGGCGAGCUCUGUAGUAUCGAGAAAACCGUUUCCGAUUCUUCAGAAGAGCCCAACGGUCAACAGGUUCACCAUGAUGCUGGACUUACAGACGAGGAACGUGGGGCACACCCGGUGAACCCUGACCUCACGUCGGAUGAUCAAUCCUCACAGCGAACCGCGGUCAAUUCAAUGAUCAAGAAGGAGCUUUGCCAAAAGCUGAAGAAUGAGUGGGAGCCAAAGCCACCGAAAGUUUUAAUGGAGGAUCCGCUGGCAACGCCUUUGGAACUUCGGGCACAGAUUCAGAUAUAUGCCACUAAUGAACAGCUUACUCAUCCCCUCGUCUCGCCACUCCUUCAGGGCUCUUUGGGCAAUUUGCCACCCCUUUAUAUCAUCGCGGGGGAUGGUGAAGCACUCAGGGAUGAGGUUAUCUACGUGGCGCACCGCGCUGCGCAUCCGGAAAAAUACCCCGUCAGAGAGGGUGUCCUUCGUGAGGGCAAGCGGCAGCAGGAAAAUGCGAAGAAGUUUACCACCCCCACAAAGGUUCACCUGCAAGUAUACGACGGCAUGUGUCACGUUCUGACAGUGUUCACAUUCACGGAUAGUGCAAAAUAUGCCUAUCGAUCGAUCGCACAGUUCGUUCGACAUGUCACUAGCCACUCCUCGGAUCACCUAGCGAAAAACCCAUUUCCUGAGUAUCAUCGACCCCCUGCGCACAUACCGUCUGAUACGCCUGCCCGGCGCUACGUCAGCCCGACAAAGAGAACUGGCAGACGUGUCCCUCACUUGUCUAGGGAACCAAGUUCGGACUCGUCAGACAUUGCGAUGUUCAUGGACAAUGAGGAUAUUGCAUUGCAGGAGAUGCGUGAAGGCAAGGUCGGUAAGGACAAAGACAACGAAGUGGGAGCGACUGGCGAUGAUAUCGCUCAUGCAUUGAUGAUCCGUGAAAGGGUCGACAUCUACGGGCAAGUUCGAGCAAUGGAGUCCCCGGAUGACAUUGCUAUACUGCAUAUCCCGCCUUCGCAAAUCGGCAUUAUUAAGGAGGCGCCCGUGCGGCGCUGGCUGAGGGGUCAGGACGAAUGGGACCGAAAGUAUAAACACACCGCCGAACGUGUGCGAAAGCAGCGGCGGAAGAACGAAAUAAAAGCGGCCAGAAUGAUCACACAUGCAAGAGAUAAAGGCUUGCUGAUGGUUGAUGAAACAUCCCCAGUUCUUCCUCGAACGGAAAGCGAAACCUCGCUAGGUUCCUUACCUUCGACCGGCGGGGUCAUUCAAGAGGAGCGCCGUUGGGGGCCUCUCGACUUAGAGGGCGAGAAUGUGCCUCCUAGUGCUAUAUGUAACCGCAGGGACACGCCCGAAUCUUCGGCCUUGUUGAAGAAGACCAUAUAUCAUACAGCUCCGGUCACUCACAGGACGAUCCCACGUGUUCCAAAGAGGGACCUCAUCAGCUCCGCACUGGACCCGCACGAUCGAGUUGGCAAACCACCAAGGCAAUCGGCAUCCGAGCAACAGCAGACGGAGAAUCCGCUUCACGGAAUAUCGAUGUGGGAUUCUCUUGUUGGUUACUUCAUGAGACGAAGUGCGACGAAGGUUGAGCACGGCAACGACCACAUCGUACAUGGGUUAUCGAAAGCGGACGAUCGCGUGUUGCAGUCACCAUCAGGCUCCGGCUCACUGCCCCGGACGUAAUCAUACACGUAUUAGACACACUAUACACGCAGACUAGGAUACCUUACUACACACUGUACACUGUCAUGUAGUACUUAGACAUAAUCAUACACA